AUGGGUAAAGAUCAUAAAGAAAAGAAGAGAAAGCAUUCUGAAGAAGAUGUUUCUGAAGAAGUGACUGAGAAGAAAGUUAAAUUAAGUAAAUCUGAAAAGAAAGAAAAGAAAGAAAAGAAGGAAAAGAAACAUAAGAAAGAUAAAUCAUCAUCAUCAUCAUCAACAGAUGAAGUAAAAGAAUCCAAGAAAGAUAAGAAGGAAAAGAAAGAAAAGAAAGACAAGAAAUCAAAAGGGCCAAAAUUCACUACCACCAUCACUGGAUCAGCUCAAUCAUCUCAAGGAUAUGCUCAAUCAUCAUCAUUAACCACCUUAUCUCAAUCUGAUGUUGAUUCAUUCUUAUCAGAAAAUGAAGUUACUAUUGAAGAUCCUCAUAAUUUAAAUUUAAGACCAAUCAUCUCAUUCGAUCAAAUUGAAUUAGAUACUAAGAUUGGAUCUGUUAUUUCUAAAUUCCCUAAACCAACUCCAAUUCAAUCUGUUGCUUGGCCAUAUUUAUUAUCCGGUAAAGAUGUUAUUGGUGUUGCUGAAACUGGAUCCGGUAAAACCUUUGCAUUUGGGGUUCCUGCUAUUAAUAAUAUCUUAACUUUAGGUAAAUCUGGAUUAAGUGUAUUAGCCAUUUCCCCAACUCGUGAAUUGGCCUUACAAACUUAUGAUAAUUUAGUUGAAUUAACUAGUAAGACUAAUAUUGAAUGUAUUGCUAUUUAUGGAGGUGUUUCUAAAGAUGAUCAAAAGAAAAAAUUAAGAACUGCUAAUGUCGUAGUUGCUACUCCAGGUAGAUUAUUAGAUUUAAUGAAUGAUGGAGCUGUAAAUUUAUCUGAAGUUGAUUAUUUAGUGUUAGAUGAAGCUGAUAGAAUGUUAGAAAAAGGGUUUGAAGAAGAUAUUAAAAAUAUUAUUGGUGGUACUAAAUCAAAAGAUAGACAAACAUUAAUGUUUACUGCUACUUGGCCUAAAGAAGUUAGAGAAUUAGCUAAUACUUUUAUGAAUGAUCCUGUUAAAGUUAGUAUUGGAGAUAGAGAUGAAUUAUCAGCUAAUAAAAGAAUUACUCAAAUUGUGGAAGUUAUUGAUCAAUAUGAUAAGGAAAGAAAAUUACUUUCAUUAUUAAAGAAAUAUCAAUCAGGAUCAAAUUCAAAUGAUAAAAUUUUAAUUUUUGCAUUAUAUAAAAAGGAAGCCGGUAGAAUUGAAAGUCUUUUACAAAGAAAUAAUUAUCAUGUGGCAGCUAUUCAUGGAGAUUUAUCCCAACAACAAAGAACUCAAGCUUUAAAUGCAUUUAAAACCGGUGAAUCAUCACUUUUAUUAGCUACUGAUGUUGCCGCUAGAGGAUUAGAUAUUCCAAAUGUUAAAGUUGUGAUUAAUUUAACUUUCCCAUUAACGGUGGAAGAUUAUGUGCAUAGAAUUGGUAGAACAGGUAGAGCUGGCCAAACUGGGAUUGCUCAUACAUUAUUUACUGAACUUGAAAAACAUUUAAGUGGAGGAUUAAUUAAUAUUUUAAGAGGAGCUAAUCAACCUGUUCCUGAUGAAUUAUUAAAGUUUGGAGGUCAUACUAAGAAGAAGACUCAUUCAGCAUAUGGAGCCUUUUAUAAGGAUGUUGAUAUGACCAAGACUGCUAAAAAGAUUAAAUUUGAUUAA